AAAGCUCGACUCGAUAAAUUUGUGAGCGAUUCGGCAUUUCUAUUUUUGAGUGAUAUUCUAUUCAGUGAAUUUUGAUACUUCCUUCCUCCCUUUUAAAUCCUUCCAAUUACAACAAAAUUUUAUCGACACUGAGUUUUUAGUGUCAACGCAUAACACUAGUUUGCAAAAAUUAAAAAUUUGUAUCAUUCUCAUCGACCACUUUUGGGUUUGGAUAAGUUCAUUCCGCUUGCCACCAAAUCGCACAUGGAUGAUACUCUGUACUCCUCUAAGAUCGGAAUCGGACAAGCACUGAAGAAGAACAUUGACGAUUUUAUAAUGGAGAAAUUCGGAUUCUCAGAAUCCGAAGCUUCGGCUCUGCGCAUCGAGCUCUUCAGAAAAUACGGGAGCUCUCUCGCCGGAUUACGAGCGUUAGGGCAUGAUAUUGAUGCUGAUGAAUAUCACAGUUUCGUCCAUGGGAGAUUACCUUACCAUUUGAUUGAACCAGACUCUGAUUUGAGAAGCCUGUUGCUUACAAUCCAUCAACGCAAAAUAAUUUUUACGAAUUCGGAUAGAGUUCACGCGGUGAAAGUGCUGGAUCGGCUUGGGAUCAGGGAUUGUUUUGAGCGGAUUAUUUGCUUCGAGACAAUGAAUCCUAACCUAUCCCGGCGGCGGCCUGGGGAGGUUCCGGUUGUGCUGAAGCCGGCGAUGGAGGCCAUGAAUAUUGCCGUGGUCUCCGCUGGUGUGGUUCCACGUCGAACGCUCUUUUUUGAUGACAACAUCCAGAACAUAGUUGCUGGAAAUGCUAUUGGGCUUCGAACAGCUUUGGUUGGCACAUCGAAGAGGACAAGUAAAGAAUGCGAUUAUGCGCUGGAGAAAGUGAGCGACCUAAUACGCGUCAUACCAGAAAUUUGGUUCAUAGGCAAUACAGAGGUGGAUGACGACAAAGUAAUGGCGAGUAGUAAUCGCACCAGAAACAGCGAAAUGGACUCAUCAUUUCUUGCUUCCACAAGUGUGGGUGCCUAAUUAAACUAAUUCUUGGGGGUUCGACCCCAACAAUUGUAUACCAAAGACAAACAUAGACGUUUAUGUCUGUUCGGGCACAAACGUAAACACACUUGUUUGUUUAUCUUCGGUGUACAAUUGUUGGGAUAUGAUAUUCGUGGUAUUUGCCUCUGUAAAUAUGUAUCUAUAAUUCAUCCCUCUAUAUAUAUGUGUCAAUAUAAUUGUGAUGCAUUUCAAUAAUGUAUCUGCAUGUAUGCAUCGGUUCACUAGCUAGCUAGAAUAAUAUAAUGGCGCGAUUGGCAUUUGGCGUCCCAUUAUUGCAUGUACUCUUUAUCAAUAAUCAAUCAAAUUUGAAUGUCUUC